AUGGACCUUGUGCCACAAGAAGACGCCGGGACGGUUGAAGAACACCUAGAUUUCUAUCGGGAUCCCUACCGAAGAGGUUAUGCUCAGCCGGAUGGCCGGGAAGUUCAAGUUUCGGAAAACAGACGGGAUGUUGAAUAUCCAACGACGUACGAACUAUUCAAAACUGAUGACGAAACGAAAAGAUUAGUCGCCAAGUUAUGCAAUGCCGUCUCAUAUAAGCUGCGUCAUCCAUAUCGAACAACACUCGAACCGAUCUACAACAUGUACCUUCAAUUGCCCGAACCACGGAUGUUGCAUCUCACCUGGCAAUGGCGGAAUAGGCUACUCAAGGUCAUGGGCACCCCGCCGAGGCGAAGUUCGGAAUCGAUGCUGCGUUACUUUACGCUGGUUGCUGAUGUCAAAACCGCAGGAUUGACGUUAAGACUGGCGCAUUGGAACUAUGCUCUAGCUUUUGCUACCAAAUAUUCGGCUCGUGUGACCUCGACUGAGAUGGACACUGCCUUAAGGCUGUGGAAGGAGAUGGAGCGAUCGGCCAACGUCAAAGGAAAUGAAGUGACAUUCAAUAUCCUGUUCGAUGUGGCUUCCAAAGCGGGCAACUUUGUUCUUGCCGACAUGAUUUAUAAGGAGAUGGAGGCCCGUGGAUUCGAAUUUAACCGAUAUCACCAUGUUAGUCUGAUACACUAUUUCGGACUGAGGUUGGACUCAAACGGGAUUCGAGCUGCUUAUAAGGACAUGGUUGAGGCUGGUGAGAUGAUUGACACUGUGGUGCUCAAUUGUGUUAUAUCGGGCCUCCUGCGAUGUGGUGAAGAGUCAGCAGCAGAAGUGACUUAUGAGAGAAUGAAGUCUGGUCAUGAGAUGGCGCCCAAUCUCCCGGAUAGGGACUACGGGAUGGGUCGGGUCGUUACGAAGGUGUUGAUGAUGUUCACGAGAAUUGGCAGGAAGCAUCCCGAGCUUCAGAAGCCGUUGCAGAAGCAAAUGCAACUCUCACCAAAUCUUCACACCUAUAAGCUUUUCGUCGAGCACUACUCAGUCAAGAUUGGAGACUUGGCCAAGGUAGCACAAUACCUUGACGAGAUGAAGUUUCUUAAGAUUCCGAUUCACGCAACGAUCUUUCUAUCCCUUUUCAAGGGAUUUUAUUCCCACGGCGGCUUUACUAGCUCAGAGUGGAGCGAGCAGCGCCUGGAAGGAGUGUUGAAAGCAAUGUACCAGGCAAGAGACGAGAGCAUUCGAGGCUUUACCAUCGACCGAUGGCUGGUCAUCUGGGCCCUUCGAGCAACCAAGAAGUGCUGCUCUGAUGAAACCGUUGUUCAAGUGUAUGAUGAAAUGGCGAAACGCUGGGAUAUUCCGCUGGACCGACAGCCGUUUAUACAGUCCCUGCUCCAAAGCAUUCUUGACGGCGCAGAUAUGAAAUCGCCGAUGGGUCAAUGGGAAGGUCCUUCGUAUCGAAGAUAUAAGAAAGAUGGAACGAGAUUAUGA